AUGUUUGUCAGACGUUUUGUCAAACUUCGUUGUGACUUCAGAGAAAUCUACCGGUCAGGACAAAUUCUGCCAGCAGUUGCAGUAAGAUUGCAGCACAGUGAUGCCCAGGGACUCAGUCAUCUCGUCCCCUCCUCUCGUCCAGAAACAUCCAAGGCAAAAACCCUGAUGGACAUUGGCACACGCCGGAUUUUCAAUGAAGACCAUGACAUCUUUAGGCAGAGUGUGCGGCGUUUCUUUCAAGAAGAGGUAGUGCCGCAUCACACAGAGUGGGAGAAGGCAGGCCAGGUAAGCAGGGAGUUAUGGGAAAAGGCCGGUGAGCAAGGCCUGCUGGGAGUUAUGACCCCAGAGGACUGCGGAGGUAUUGGCGGAGACCUGCUCUCAGCAGCUGUAACGUGGGAAGAACAAAUGUACUCUAAUUGUUCAGGACCAGGUUUUGCGCUUCACUCUGACAUUGUCAUGCCCUACAUAAUCAACUAUGGCAGUAAGGAACAGAUUGAACACUUUGUUCCUCAGAUGAUUGCUGGAAAAUGCAUCUGUGCCAUUGCCAUGACUGAGCCAGGAGCGGGCAGUGACCUUCAAGGUGUGCGGACAUACGCUAAACGUGACGGGAGUGACUGGAUCCUCAAUGGCAACAAGGUUUUCAUCACUAAUGGCUGGAUGGCUGACCUGGUGGUGGUUGUUGCCGUGACUGACCGUGAGGCUAAGACGGCAGCCCAUGGCAUCAGUCUCUUCCUGGUAGAAAAUGGCAUGAAAGGUUUUCAAAAAGGGCGUAAGCUGGAAAAGAUUGGCCUGAAGGCACAGGACACUGCUGAACUUUUCUUUGAGGAUGUUCGGCUCCCAGCGGGCGCACUCUUAGGUGGGCUCAACAAAGGUUUCUACUACCUAAUGAACGAGUUGCCGCAGGAACGUCUUGUGAUUGCAAACAUGGCUAUCGCGAGCUGCGAAUUCAUGUUUGAGGAAACCAGGAGCUACGUGCUGCAGAGGAAAGCAUUCGGAAAGACAAUUGCUCACCUGCAGACAGUGCAGCACAAACUGGCAGAACUAAAAACCGAAAUCUGCGUGGGCCGUGCGUUCCUUGACAGUUGCCUACAGCUACAUGCUGAGAAACGCCUUGACCCAUCCACUGCUUCCAUGGCUAAGUACUGGUCGUCUGACCUGCAGAAUAAGGUUGCCACGCAGUGCCUGCAGCUUCAUGGUGGCUGGGGGUACAUGUGGGAGUACCCCAUUGCUAAGGCAUUUGUAGAUUCUCGUGUUCAGUCCAUUUAUGGAGGAACGAAUGAGAUCAUGAAAGAGCUCAUCGCACGGACCAUCGUCAGCCAGAAAUGA